UGGAAAAUGGCGGGCGCUUUGACAGACAGACAACUUGUACGAGUUGUUUAUGAUGCCUUGCAGGCUGCGUCUUGUCCCUUGGUGGAGGGUUUGUACCUGCAGGAAGCAGACAGCAUGCUGCAGCUGCUCUGUACUCCCUCACAGCACCGCACAGACAUACUGGCAUGGAUCUGUGGCAGUAUCAACCCAAAUUUUGCCACUUCCAAGGUGAUGUCAAUGAGAUCCAAAGACCCAGAUGCUUUCACUAAAGAAAUGGCUGUGCUUGGGCAGGAGCUGAUGCUGUGUAGAGCAGGUGACCUCGACCUGAUCAGGGGUGACGUGAGUCCUCACAGGCAACUUCAGUUCCUGGAGCAGCUUUUAACUCUAGUCCCAGGCUGCAGUAAGUCUGCGGGGCACAGAGCAAAUGAGGAGAUGCUACUGAAUGAACUCUGCGCUGAUGAGAAUCUGCCUCACCUCACACAAAUGCUUGAACCCACGUUCGACCCCUGGCCUGGACACAUCAAGUAUAUGGCUUCACGCAAAGGCACUAAGUCAUCUUCUAAACCAAGUAAAGAGGAUGCUGAUGUUACUGCCCUUCUACAGUCAACUCAGUCAGUACUGGAGCAGCUACAGUCAGAGUGUGAAUUCCUGAACAAUGAGGCGCAGAGUCCUGGUGUCUUUUCUCCAAGCUCAUUGCGCGUGGCGGCGUGUGACCUUCAGCAGCUGAUGGCUACUUUCAGCCAUGUUUACGAAACAGACUUGAGUGCUUACUGCAGUAGAGACCCCCCCAGCUUCAGCACAGAGACCGAUAUCUUCCAGAGAGUACACCAACUACUGCUGACCUGCAACACGGAGCUGGAAAUGCUAAAUGAAGUAUCAGAAGCUUCUGCAUCCACGAAUGAGGAAGUGAACCGGCUUCAAACGCAGCCACGCUACUGGAGAAGAGGAGAGAAGCACACAUUACCUGACCAACUGGAAGAACUCUCCCGGCGAAGUAGGGAGUUUCUCUCGCUGCUACAUUCCUGAUGGCAACAACUUCAAACCAUCAGGGUAAAUGUUGAUUGCCUGCUGGAGUGAGAAAAGCACUCAGAGUAAUGCAGUAAUUAUGGACGGAGAGUCUGAUCUGUACUUGUGUUAAGACUUUAAACAGAAUUCUGUAUGAUUCUGCAUAAAAUGUUAACCAGCGCAAGCUGCUGUUGCUCAGACGCAUUUCAGCAGAACUGCACUCAUCUUUUUGUAAGUGAAAGCUAAUACAGUUUGAUGUGGUUCCUGUUUAUUUAAAAUAAAGUUUGUUGGAAACACUCACAUAAUACUGGCGAAAAUAUAUUCCAUGUAAUAAGGAUUGCAGUGAUCUACAGUGAUGAGCGAUGGUUUCAGUGGGUGGGUGUCUGAUGUGUUGGGAUGAUAAAAUCAGAAUGUAAUAUUCCUCCUUUUUCACCCUAACUUGUAUUGUCCUUUGCAGAGCUCAAUAUGAAUGUGCAUAUUGUAUUUCUGAAUAAAUAAAAUAUUUUAAACUUCA